AUGUCUGAUGAUGAGGACAAAGGCAAGAACAAUAGCUCCACAGAGCCGAGCGGGCCCCAUGAGUGGGGGGAUCUGCCCACGCGCAGGAAGAAAAAGCAAAGGGAUUCUUCGAAAUACGAAACAUAUAAUCCUGAUGAUAAGGAAUUCGAGUCCAAAUUCGUGGAGAUGCCGAAAGACCUGUACCAGGCCCAUCUGAGACCUGGUGUCAUCUUCAGGAUACACAUGUCGGAAGCCAUCCUCAAGAUGCAGUACAGAAACUACGCCAAUGACAACGACGAGUCGGUGAUCGAGGCAGACGUGGAGUACCUCCGUCUGACGAGGAAGGUGAUCAGCGACGAGAUCACCAAGUUCGAGGACCUGAAGUGGCUCAUCGGCUGGUUCAACAACCGCUCCGAGCUCAUCAAGGAGCACACUUGCAACACCAGAUAUUACGCUGUUGGCAUCCCACCCACCAUGUUCACUCAUUCAGAGGAAUACAUGAAACGCAUGUGUCUCUUCGACAACGUGUACAUCGACCACAUCCCCUACGUCAUCGGGGAGGACAAUUCUUUAAUGGCUGCCGUAGCUCCACCUGUUUUGCACUGUGAUGCUGCGACAUGCACUUCUGUGCCGUUCAUUGACAGCGUGAUGUUCGACGAGCGACUCUCGCGCAGCAACGUGCGCUCCAUAACGCCGUGCCAGGCGUCGUGUCGCGCGCACUGCCGCAACAGAGUCGACUGUCUGCAACGCUGCUCAGAGAGAUGUCGCCGACUCGACUGA